AUACCAGAAUGUUGACCGUCAUGAAGGAGAGUAUUUUCUUGUACUUGAUAACUCUGGUAUGCUUGACCAGUGGUGUACUAACAACAAAGGUACUCCGGGAUUUCCAACCAGGGACAAGUUUGCAAUCGCCGCCCCUCCGUUACCUUCCGACCACGAAUACUGUACUUCCGAAACUUUCACAACAUGCUGUUUUCGUUAAUCAAGCUUUGGACAAUGGCUUGGAAGAUGUCGCAGUCUCAAGUAGAAGUUUUGCCGAAAGACAAACCCAAGAUGGUUAUUCAUAUUUGAAACCAUUAUUGAUCGACCUUGAAAUACCUUCUAAGGAUCAGGAGAUAAAAUUAAUCGCGGACAAACAGAGAUCGCCGAAGGAAAUACAAGAUGUCCGUGUGAUAGCAACAACGAAAGUGCCUAACACAUCGAGAUCAAGUAGAACAGACAUCAGAUAUAAUUCCCAGGUUCCCCAGCGAACGUCGUAUCACGUUGUAGAAGAGCACAAUGAAUACCCAACGGACAAUCCGGAUCACAGCCAAUUGCCAUAUACUGGAAAGGUUCUGACAAGGAGUCCCUAUCGUAAUUCGCAAGACGUAACGGCAACUAUCAAAGCCCUCGAUCACUUCCUGAGCGGGGUUCUAAAUGGCGAUAGUUAUAACAGUGAACUUCAUCCACCGUCGAAUCCUAUUUUGGCCCUUAUCCUAUCUCGAUACGGACGCUAUGUGCUCGGAGCACGAAGCCCUCGCGUCUACGCGCAUAUGGCUGUAAACAAUAUACAUAACAAUAAGCCUUUUGGUAUCUAUAAGCUGGAAUGCGAAGAGCUACCUACUUAUAAUCGAAGAUAAUAAUUCUGGAAAUUCCAUGCACAUAAUGAAAUAAGGGUUGGGUAUCCUUACACAUUGAACCUCUGUGAUAUA